UGCUCCAUAUAUACAACACUAUCACUCUCUUCUUUCCUCUGUUUCACAUUCAAGUUGAAAACAGAAGGACCCGGAUAAAUUAUUCAGUUGCAGAAUCCAUGGCGAGGCAUGAGGAACUGCCGGUGCCCGUUUUCAAGUCUCUUGAACCCGUUUAUGGAACCGGGUCACACCUUGAAGAAGCCGAGCUCCGAUUUAGCAAACUGAAAUCCAAGUUCAAUGAAUUCUUUGGUCACCCCCCUGAUAUCUAUGCACGAUCUCCAGGGAGGGUGAAUUUGAUUGGAGAGCACAUCGACUAUGAAGGUUACUCAGUGUUGCCGAUGGCGAUCAGGCAAGAUACGAUUGUGGCAAUACGGAAAGUGGAGGGGGAGAAGGUGCUUCGGAUCGCGAAUGUCAACAGUGAGAAGUAUACUAUGUGUACUUAUCCUGCAGAUCCUGAUCAGGAAAUUGACUUGAAGAAUCACAAAUGGGGUCACUAUUUUAUUUGUGGGUACAAAGGUUUUUAUGAGUAUGCCAAAUCAAAUGGGAGAAAUGUAGAUAGAACGGUUGGGCUCCAGGUGGUUGUUGAUGGGAUUGUUCCAACUGGAUCUGGUUUAUCGAGCUCUGCUGCAUUUGUUUGCUCUUCUACAAUUGCUAUAAUGGCUGUAAUGGGAGAAAACUAUCCAAAGAAAGACCUUGCUCAACUUACUUGUGAGUGUGAAAGACACAUCGGAACUCAAUCUGGUGGAAUGGACCAGGCAAUAUCAGUCAUGGCUCGAUCUGGCUUCGCAGCACUAAUUGAUUUCAACCCUAUUCGCGCUACUGAGGUGCAGCUCCCUGCUGGUGGGACAUUUGUUAUAGCACACUCACUGGCUGAAUCUCAGAAGGCAGUUACUGCCGCAACUAAUUACAACAACAGGGUUGUUGAAUGCCGUUUAGCUGCUAUUGUAUUAGGCAUAAAGCUUGGUUUAAAAGCUGAAAAGGCGAUAACCGAGGUCAAGACGCUUUCCGAUGUUGAAGCUCUGUGUGUAUCAUUUGCUGGCACACGUGGAUCUUCUGACCCAGGUCUUGCUGUCAAGGAAUUCUUGAAAGAAGAACCUUACAGCAGUGAAGAAAUCGAGCAAAUCAUCAACGAAAAGCUGCCAACUGUCUUUGCCAAUUCCCCUUCUUCCUUGGAUGUGCUGAGAGCUGCCAAGCAUUUUAAGUUACACCAGAGAGCUGCUCAUGUCUACUCAGAAGCCAAACGUGUCUAUGCUUUCAAAGAUACUGUGUCAUCAAAGUCAAGUGAAGAAGACAUGCUGAAGAAGCUUGGUGCCCUCAUGAAUGAUAGCCACUAUAGCUGCAGCGUGUUGUAUGAGUGCAGCUGCCCUGAAUUGGAAGAGCUCGUCAAGAUUUGUCGUGACAAUAGUGCCCUUGGUGCAAGGCUUACCGGAGCUGGAUGGGGUGGUUGUGCCGUUGCUCUGGUGAAGGAGAGUAUCGUCCCACAAUUUAUCCUUAAGUUGAAGGAGCAAUACUAUAAAUCGAGAAUCGACAAAGGUGUGAUCAAGAAAAACGAUGUUGACCUAUACAUUUUUGCAUCUAAGCCGUCGAGUGGUGCUGCCAUCGUGGAGGUUUAGCUUGUCGCUCCACCAGAUGAACGUCUUAUGUUGGGUAGAAAAGAUUUGUUACUAGGUUGCUCUCAGAGGAUUAUUCUCAUUUUCCUAUCAAAAAUAAAAAUUUGCUUUCUGCCCUUUUUCCGGAAACAAACAGAUAUUCGCUGUGGUGCAACGUUAAUGAGAUCAAAUUGCAAAUGCACGCAUGAUUUCAUAUUUUCCUUGCGAGACUCCUUUGAGCAAGUUAUAUGUAAGGGAAUUUCACAUAUGC